UUUUACCGCGAACAGUACGAAGUUCCUGCAUCUUACCUGCAGCUUCGUGGAGGAUGGUCAUUUCUAAAGCAGGUCAGCCAGGUGCGAGGCCAGGUGUAAUUUGCUCACGCUUCCAUGCAAGGGACGGCGCGCCUCCCUGCAGUAUUGGUUCCAGUCCUGGGAACAACGUCUUGCCUUCGCCUGCGCGCGUCUGCUGCCCGGAACCUUCCCAACAAGUCGUUCAGCCAGCUCUCUCGACUAGGAUGGAUCAUCUUCCGGACGACGUGUUGUUGGUGGUGAUGUCGCAUCUUCGCACCUGGGACCUCUUCAGCUGUCGUCUAGUCUGCAAGAGGUUCGCGCCGCUGGCUCUCCAUCCAGAAGUGUGGCGGCAUAGAAAUCUCUGGGAACCUUUCAACCGCGAUUACGUCAACGUCCUUUUCUGUCCGGUGCUGCGUCUGGCUCCUUGCCUUGAUGACUUACGCAUCACCCUCCCGUCGCCCCACACCUGCCACUCGCUCUUCACGGGCCCGUGCGCAACAAAAAGAUUGUACAUUGAGAUUCGCGAGCCAAGUGGCGCUGCGCAGGCUGCCUUGCUCAUCAGGCACCAGAGGGAACUCGGCCGGCUGAAGGGGAUUCAUCUACACUUACUGGAUGAGCAGUCUGGACUUCGUCCCGAGUUCUCUGUGGCAGAUACAUCCGUGCUGUUCGGGACGGUUGUGUCCACUCCUGGCCUGCAUUACCUUGACAUAUCGCCAGCUGGUGACGAGCUCCUUCCCAUCAAGUCCAGCCCCCGCUGGCUGCACCCUACCAUCGAGGCCUCCAUGACGGACUUCAGUUGCCCCUGGUCCCCGGCCCUUGAGCACUUCUUCAACUGCAUGCUAGCAGUGCACGCUGCCUCUCUAGAAGUAGUCGAAAUGCGAGAGUAUACCUUCGAGUUCAACUCGCCGUCGACGGUGGCCUUGCUGGCACAACUACCAGCCCUCGUGGAGUUGUUUUGCUCAGUAUUCCCCGGGAUGGAAGCCUUGGCAGAGUGCGCCACAUUGAGGCACAUACACCUCGAAAUCAAUCCCCAAAAAGAUCACGUGCGUGCUUACGCCCCGGCUGCUGCGAGCUUCCUGCGCCGGGCCCGUCAGCUGCGCACCCUCCAGCUGAAGUACGAGGAUGAAGGCGACGUCGGUGUCGAGCUCAUCACAGCCUUAGCGUCGUCCGGGCGGUCUGGUGUGGAGGUGCUGCGCAUCGACUACGACCCCUGCGACAUUGAAGCUCAUCUUCCUGAACUGCUAGGCGCUCUCGCCUCGCUGCCAGCGCUACGUCGUCUCAUAGUGAAUGUGGAAAAGGAUUCCCCCCACGCCCAGAAAAUUUUGGCGGCUACUUCCUCCAUCCAAGUUGAAUUUAAAUGAAGUUGCAGUGGGUUUCGUGCGUGUGUUCUUUUGAUUGUGAUGGUUUGAUGCCAAAUAUAUGAUGAGUCCUAAAAAACGCCCGUUUUUCAUAUUAAUUCCCUGUGUUUGCCCCUUUCUGUAGUGGUCUGCCAGUCACAGCCCCUUUUCUUUGAACCGCCACACCUUUGACUCUUCCUCUUGUCGCUAAGAGUAAUUUUUCUCUCUACCGUCUGCAAAGUGUGUCCGCUUGAACAACAGUACCUGCCCCUAAUCGUGCAC